AAUAAGUGUAGAUAGAAAAGUUUAAAAUGUAUGAAGAUCCACAACAACUAUAAUUUGUAUGAUGUUACAAUCAGGAUCAAAGUGUUGAUGGUAGAUUGGGCGAGGUGAAUAUCAUGAGGCACCAUCUUUGACCUUAAAUACAGAAUAAAUUUAGAUAUGGCCACUAAGGAAAUAGCAACAUUCUGUGAUAUUUGCCUAAUCAGAGACCUAAAUAAAUUGGCUGAAGAAUUCUGUCCACAAUGUGAAGAGGUUUUUUGUGGAGAUUGUCGAAAUCAUCAUAAGAUAUCGAAAUCGUCAAAAUCACACCAGACAAUUUCUAUAGACAAAUAUAACAAAUUACCAUCGUUUAUCAAGAAUAUUAGCCAUAACUGUGAGGAGCAUGACUGCUUUCUUGAAGUUUAUUGUAAAUCACAUGACUCUCUGUGCUGCACACGUUGUUUGAUUUCAAGUCAUAAGGAAUGCAAGGAAAUUAUUUUUAUUGAAGAUUUUCUAGCACCAUCUUCAAGACAUCAGUCAGCAGCUGUAGCUAACGUUGAAAAAGUUUUAAAAUAUCUAGAUGAUAACAUCUGUCUCGCUAUAAAGGACCGAAAUCGAAAUUUGACAGAAUUACGUGAACAGAAACGGGUGAUUGUAGAACAAAUUAAAGAAAAGCGUCAAGAAAUAAAUACAGUUUUGGAUAAUUUAGAAGGAGCAUUACUUGAUGAAGUAUCAGCAAUUGAUAAUGAAUACUGUCUGAAAAUAGAUGAAGUGAUUGUGAAAUUGGAGGACGAAAAAAAGAAAAUAGACGAAAUAAAAAAUGAUUUCGAAACUGUAAAAGUGUUUGCAUCCAAUUUACAGAUUUUCAUGGGAACAAAGGCAUUACAGGAAAAUGUUUCAACCAACGAAAUGAAACUUCAAGUAUUAUACGAUAAUGGGAAUCUUAACAACAUCACUAUGGAAUAUAAAUUCAAUGUAAAAUUGGAAAAGUUUAUAAAAGAUGAAAUAAAAGCAUUUGGUGAUUUAAAGGUAGACAAUUAUGAUAAACAUACUUCUUUUUCCUGGAAAGGUGACAAAUCAGCACAGCUUUAUAAAACUAUAUCAGGAGCAAAAACAAUUGAAAACAUUAAUGUCAGACUGGUACGUAAGAUUAACAUAGAUGUUUAUGGUCUUACUGGAUGUGCUAUUUUAGAAGAUGGAAAUAUGUUAUUUCUAGAAGCGCACAACAAUAAUCUGAUGAAAUAUGCGCCUAAUGGGGAAUUCUGUUCCAAAUCGAAUUUCAACCUAAUGUCAGAUGAUAUUGGAUAUGAUCUUGCAGUGAUCGAUACAAAUAGAGUAGCUAUAUCAGGUGGUGGAAAUCCUCCAUACCGGAUUUACGUUAUUGAAAUUACAUGUAGUAAUAAAGAAUUCCGUAAAAUUAUUGAGGUGGACGGAUAUUCUUAUGGCUUAAACUAUCACAAUGGAUUAUUAAUUUGUUGCAUAUCUGAUAAAGGGAUUGAAAUAUUUGACAGGUUGCAAAAGAAAUUCACCAACGUCCGGAAAAUGCACAAUGCACCCCUAACAUUAAUGAAUACCUACGUAACCUCAAAUAAUCAUUUUAUUUUUCAUUCCAACUGUCAUGAGCAUUCUGUCGUAUGUUACGAUUUCAAUGGUCAAUUGCAGUGGACAUAUUCUGAUUCGUUGCUCAGAAAACCAUGUGGCAUUACCUUAGAUUCAAUUUCCAACAUUUAUGUUGCUGGUUUUGAUUCAAACAAUAUUGUAGUUAUAUCACCGGACGGAAAGCAGGCUAAAGAGCUGAUUGGAUCUAGUGACGGACUUUCAAAUCCUCGAGCUAUUCAUUUUGAUAAAACCAAAAACUUACUUCUAGUAGCAAACUAUAACAAGGCGGCCUUUUUAUUUCGUGUUUGAUUUAUUGAACCUGUAAUUGUUCCGCUAUUUAAAAACAAUUACAUCUUCAAAGCUUAUUAUCAAGCAAAUUUGGAAUAAUUAUAAAAUGUCAAAUUACAUUUAA